AUGUCCUUCGCGUUAGACGACCGUCGACAACAUACAGACACGAUCGAUGCUAUGACAGCCAACUCAAAAGCAAAAUUUUCCUUGGUCUCGGAUAUCAUUGGUGCUCUGCAAAACGUCCUCGCUCAUUCACAAGUAAUCAUACCAGACCUCAAAACCCAGUAUCCUAUUAGCAAUACGCACUACUCUGCCUUCAACCUCAAUUACCAGGACAUCAGUGCCAUCAUCACCGAACGCCAGCAACAAUUGGAUGCAGCAUCCCACGAAAUCUCACGUUUUGAAACAGUCAUAGAUGGUAUCAACCAUAUUCACCAACAACUGGUCGCGAAGAAGGACAAGAUCACUCAGUCCAUGAAUUCGCACAAGCGACUUGUAUCAGCUCUCUGGCGCUUGCCAGCCGAAGUACUAUCCCAGAUUUUUGCUCACUGUCUCCCGAAUCGGCACCGCUUGUCGCCCACGUCAAAGGCAGUUCCUAUGGUGUUGACAAGAAUAUGUCGACGAUGGAGGGAGGUUGCUGUGGAUAUGUCCAGUUUGUGGCAAGGACUAAAUGUGGACAAAGACUGGCAGCGGGCAGCUUUCUGCUAUGAGUCAUGGCUCAAGCGAUCACGAGGGCGUCCACUCUCGUUGGAACUCCAGUGUUGCAAAAGCAACUGGACUGAGCUGCGAAGCCUUCUUCAGCCCUACAUAAAUCAACUCUCGUCUCUGUCUCUUGAUUUUUACCACAACGACCUCCAACCUGAGGUUAUAAUAUCAGACUUCCUCGCACUUGAGGAGCUGACCAUAUCAUUGCAUUUUAAUUAUCAGGCUCCCGUCGUCCAAUCUAUCUCGCAACCGCCAUGCACUCUACGCAGUCUCACGGUAACAGGGACGUUCUUCAACAUGGAGUACGCAACUACCUUCAAUCCCGCCUGGACCCGCCUCACAAAUAUCCAGAUCGACCUAGACGAACCAAGUGCAUUCCCCCAAUUGCUCCGUUUAUGCCCCAGCCUCUCCUCCUUGACGAUAACUACAUUUUUUAUCACCAUGGAGACCUUGGAGCCGUUCACGCACACCCAACUCCAAUCCUUACGGAUCAUUUCCAACGAUUAUGACCACGACAACGAGCCUCGUAACCUAUUCGGUACCCUCUCACUCCCCAAUUUGCGCGCUCUCGAAGCUCGCGCUAUGUACUCAUGGCCUCAUGAGUUCAAGGCAUUUUUGACGCGGUCAAAGUGUCCCCUGGAGAGCCUGACUCUCGGCUCCCACUUAUCAGUAACAGACGAGCAGCGAGCGGAAUACGUGGCCCUUAUUCCUUCUCUCAAAGUGCUAGUAGUUUAG